AUGGAUGAUGGCAAAAUAACUGGCCUUAUUUCAAUGGACAUUAAAAAAGCAUUUGACUCUAUUGAUCAUGAAAUUUUAAUGUCUAAAAUGAAAAAUCAGUUUGGUAUUUAUGAUGAUGAGUUAAAUUGGUUUGGUUCUUAUCUGACAAACC